AGUGACUCCGGACACGUUGCAACGCAUGCAGUACGUGGAGAUGAUUGUGUACGAGACGAUUAGAAUGCACCCACCCGUUUUCUUGUACAUUAAAAAAGCAGGCGUUGACACACCUCUUGUCUCCUCCGAUCUCGUUAUUCCUGCAGGAGCUAAUGUGAUUAUAUCUCCACGAAAUAUGAAUAUGAAUCCGGAAUUGUUCCCUGAUCCACACGUGUUUGACCCAGAAAGAUUUUCUCCUGAGAACUCUGCCAAACGACACCCAUUCGCUUUCAUUCCGUUUUCUGUAGGAAAACGCGCUUGCCCUGCUUCAGCAUAUUCACUGCCAUUUAGCCAUACUGAAAAAAAAAUUGCAAUGAUGACUUUGAAGACGGUUAUCAGUAAAGUUAUUUGGAAUUUCCGGAUUCUCCCAGAUGAAACGUAUGAACCACAAUUACUUUGGGGACUCACUAUGGGUGCGGCUAAUGGAAUGAGGAUAAAACUUCUGAAGAGAUAA